AAUAGCUAAACAUGGAUGUCGGUAGCGUGCAGUCGGUGCUAGCUCAAAAUCCAUGCCGAGAAAAACAGGUGGAGACUAUUCUAGCUGCGAUUGGUCACCCGCUCGGCGGACCGUGCCAAUGCAUCUUUGUCUACGGCCACGCGUCCACUGGGAAGACACGUACGGUGCAGAGUAUCAUGAAAACGCUCAACUUGCGGCAUGCCUUUGUGAGUGGCUUGGAGGCCUAUACUCCUCGGCUGCUAUUCGGUGCUGUGCUUAGCCAGCUGAUUGGCAGCACUGAUGCCUGUGACAAUUUGUGCGACUUCGUCAGGCACCUUGGAGAGGGGCUUCAAGAAGCACUUCCUGCCUACGUCGUUGUGGACGAGGCUGAGCGACUACGCGGCCAAGGUCUGCUAGGUGCACUGGCACGCCUGCGAGAACUGUCCGGGCGGCCUUUGUGCUGCAUACUACUCUCUCGCGUUCCCUGGGAAAAGUUCCGGGAGGCAGGAGACAGCUCACCUUACCGUGUCCACUUCCCACAGUACACAGCUUCGGAGCUCAGCCAGCUUUUGGGUGGAGAUACGUUGCUGCCAACGGUAUUGGGAGGGACCACCCUAAGCCUGAGGGAACUGCAGCACGCUGCGGUGGGCAUUGGCAACACUCCAGGAGGUGAAUGUGGUGCCUCCUGGCGGAAAGAGGUGGCAUCGCGCCUCCGUCAGCGUCUCCAGUCAGUCUACCUUCGUGAGAGCAGCGGAAGCCAGCAGCCUGUUCGAAUCGAGUUGCCAUUCCACGCACGGUUCUUGCUUCUGGCUGCUUACCUGGCUUCGUACAACCCUCCAGGCACGGACCGCAAGUUUUUUGUCAAGGCACGAGGUCCAGGGACCAAGCGGCAGAAAAAGGCCAACCAGUUAAGCCAGCACUUGCUGGGUCCCAAGCAGUUUCCCCUCAACCGACUAGUGGCCAUCUUCCAUGCUAUUGUGGACGAGCACGUAGCCCCCUCUGCAGUAACCCUUGCACAGGUUGAAAGCCUGGUCUCGCUGCGUCUUCUGGCACGAGUGAGUCGGGAAGAACAGUUGAGCACACCUCGCUACAAGUGCCUUGUUGACCUGGACUUCAUCCGCGCCGUGGCAAGGACAGUUGCAUUCGACGUUGUGGGGCAUCUGAACGACUUUGCAAGCUGAAAACUCGCCAUUCAAUAUGUAUAGCAGGUCUACUUCAAGAAAAGGCCAAUACUACCAAGCGCAUCAGAGAUAAAACUGCUCUUCUACAUAUGUAGCACCUCUUUGAAUGUUUCUUCAUCCUUUGCCUAGUGUGAACCCGUAUUUGUUGCAAAAACACUGGACACUUUUGUUUUGUUCCACCUUUACUGGAAGCCGUUCCUGUUGAAUGUAAUUUUGAAAUUUUUAUGCAUUUCAGCCUGUUUUUUUUUUUUAGCAUUGCAAUCUGCACUGCUACGAUAUGCACUCUCUUUGUGUAAGAAGUUGUGAUGUCUGGUAUGAGAUGGUCUGGAGGAAAAAAUCUGUAUUCAAGUUGGAGAGAGGAACCUUGGUACCGUACAUGCAGGACUUGCUUAUUUUGGUUGAACAUUCUGAAACAUUCAUAGAAAGAAGGUUUAUAUAAAAACAAAGUUAAGUUGUCUACUUUCAGAGUUGUACACGUCAGCACCAGUUGAAAAGUGUCUGUCGAACCAAUAUGGUUCAGCAAGGGCAGCAAGCUCAGAAUAGCAGACUUCAUUUUUUGUAUGACCAACUAGUAUAGCAAAGUCCACAAAAGCUUGAUAAAUAGCUCUUAACUUGGGCCCGCUAUUUCAAAUCUGUCGAAGUGCAGAACUUGCAAUCACUAUGUUGCAGUGCACAGUUCAUGUAGUUUGGCAAUACUAUCGUAACUAUUAGAACUAUUAGGCUUGUGUGAAUAUUCGAAUGCUUUGAAUAUUCGAGCAAAUAAUGCAGUAUACAAAAUUGCUUUGAAUCGCAUUUAAAAUAUUAAAAGUUCUGAAUUAUUCGGAACAAACGUAUAAAUGCAUAAUAAUCCACAUGUGUUACUUCGUAAAGGUGGUUUCACUGCAAUGAAGGGGUGCUAAGCCGUGAAAACACGUAUUUACGGGAAACACGCACUUUCACGAAGCCCCACUUCAAAACUCAAUGAGGAUAUUGCCCUGACAUUGAUUCAUUUUUUUAAGUUUAAAAAGCUUGGUAUACCUAUUUAUAUGCUAUAAGUAUAGCAAAUUUUAAAAAUAACAUAUUUUAUGGGCUAUUGCUUGCAUUCUAGCGAAAGUCAAAUUAUGCUACUAUUGAAAGUUGUUGCUGCUUUCUUUGAUGCAGAAGAACAAAAAAUUCAUUUGCACAGGCCUUGUCCCAAAUUUUUAAAUAUAUUCUGCAGGUUUGUUAGAUCAUGACAAAUAUGCCUUUUUUUUAUUAUGUGUGGUAUAAAUGCUAUUCGAUUCGAAGUUAUUCGACCAAAAUCGCUAUUCGCUUUGCACCUAACAUUUACUAUUUGCACAAGCCUACUAACCAUAUAUGAUUGGCUCACUAGUGCCCACUAAGUAAACUGAAGAUAAACUCAGCAUUUAUUGUAGGAAAUUGAUAAUUGCCAAAUGUCUUCGAGAAACUAUUCACUUCUACUCUUUACUGAAUCAUGGCCAACGAAAAUCAGCCAUUAAUGAUUGUUUUAUCAGUGCACCGUUGCCCUCUUGAAGGACACACAAACAUGCACUCAUAAUUUAAUGAUGGCGCUUGUCCUGCAUCAAUAUAGUCGAUUCAACUUGCACCGUGCUUUGGAAGCUAGUGCAUCAUAGGUCUACAUGCAGAGUGCUUUGCUUGUGGCUGGCACCGGGUGAAGUAAAUUGCUAUAUAGAGACAAGGCUAUAAAGUAGAAGAGUCGAAAAUUGAGCUUCUUGUGUAUUGAAACUUUGGGGGAGUACGAAAUGAUGGAGAAAGCAUCGGUUUGGGUCAAGAGCCAGAUUUUAUUUGAGACUACAUGUCUGCAUAGCUACUUGCGCAUUGGCUUCUUAAUAUAAGUCUUCUUUUAAGUAAAAUCUGUACCUACAUCCCAGUCUUUGCCUGUGUGUUGUCUUGUGCCAUGCUUUAGUGCUUCUCUCAAUAAGUUUCAGCUAUAAAGCAGCACUAAUGGAAAAAAACAGCAGUGUACAUCACAUCCUGAAAUACUAAACCCGGCAAACUGAGUGGACUUAUAAUUUGAAGAAGCAUGUGCUGUAAGCUGGUGAGAAGAAGGCUAUGAAGUGUACCAUUUGAUCUGAAGAUUAACACCAGCCAUGUGAGUGUUGUUAUUGUUAGUGUUGUAUACAUUCUUGUUCACUGUGUGGAGCACUAGGUGAUCUCUCAGUGCUGGUGUUCAUAAUAAAUAUGGCUUUCCCUUUCAA